AUGCACAAACAAAGUGUAGAAGAAGUUAUGGCUGAAGAUAUAUAUUUUAAUUCAGUAUACAAAUAUUCAAAGAGAUAUUUCAAUUUUUUCUGUUAUAGUGUUCUAAUAAAAGGUGUCCAGUAUUAUGCAGCUGAACCAGCCAACUUGGGUAAAACAUUUUUGAGAUUGGAAAGAGAUUUUGACAAACAUGUUACCUAUUGUCGUGAUGAACCUUUAGCCCAAGAAGCUCUUGCAUCAGGACCAUUGAAGGAAUAUUUUGAUAAUUUCAGCAAGAAAAUAAAGGAUGACAAAAGUCUUUCUGAUCAUUUGAAACUUCCAAUUCAGAGAAUUAAUGACUAUCAGCUAUUAUUAAAGGAAGUUCUGAGAUUUACUGCAAAGUUAAAUGAAGAAACAGAAGAUUUAGAGAAAGCUUUAGAGUUUAUGCAAGCAAUUCCUCAAAGAAUUGUUGAUUUAAAGUAUUUAAAUUCUUUACAUGGAUAUAAAGGAAAUGUCCAUAAGUUAGGAAGGAUCUUAAGAAAAGUAUGUUUUAUGUAUUUUAAACUAGUGUUAAAUAGCAUAAAAAUAUUUAACAAUUAA